UGGCCAGCCAAUCAUGUUUUUAAACCGGAGCAGCAUAUGAGGAGCAGACUGAACGCUCUGCAGUAUUCCUUUAUUUGGCGUUAUCGUUGGCAAUGCUGCAAUUCUGAAGGGUGGGGAAUACCGAAGACAUUUGAUCACAGGCUGUUCAUAAACUUCACACUCAAAAAGUGCAUGUCCCAUAUUCUGGUAUUCGCUGCAGAAGUGAAAUGGAAUCUGACAGCAGCAACAAGCCAAGGGGAGAAGGUAAAUCUCAAAGAAUGGAUGACAUUUCUCUGGGGUACUCUUCAAUGGACACAGGGCUUGUCUUUAGCAGAGUGGAUGCUAAAACUAGAGGCAGCGACUGCAGAGCCGCUCCACCUGAGAUGUGUGUGAUGGACAGCAGCUCAGAACCUCAAGAGCUACACAGCCAAAUAGUGACAGAACCCUCCGUACAACAGUCAAGGUCUUCGUCUAAGCAAUGGUCCAUCAAAAGCAAAAAUUGCAUCUUCACUGGACUUGUUUUGAUCAGCGGUUUGGCUUUGUUAUGGAUUACACCAUCAGAGAACAGUGUGGGUAAAACCGGUUCUGGCAACAGUGCCUCUGGUAAGACCAUCCUGGAAAAAGACGCCUUCAGAGAGGAGGCGUCCUCAGUGGUUGUCCCUAAACAUUGUGAGAUCCACAAUGGCAUCAGUGCAAAUGCCACACCCAGUGUCACUGAUAAACUUGUAUCAGGCAGGUUAUUUGACACCAUAGAUAAGAUUCAAGGGGUCCCCCUGUUCUCAGUAGUGAUCCCACAAGGGAGAUCACAGAGGAGGAGAGGGACAUGGUGAGAUGGACCCAAACCAACUUAGGAGAGGAAGUUCUGAAGUUCAACAUUGUCUUGUACACUGGAGAGGAUCAGCUUGAGGGUAAAACUGUGGAGGCUUUUCUAACCGAGAGCUUUUCUGACGUCCAGUGCCUCGUGAGAAGCUGUGCAGGACGUUACCACAUUUUCAACAGCAGAGACAGACAAGUUGAGAGUCAGGUCACAACGCUGCUGGAGAAGGUGGUUGCCCUUCUCAGUGAGAAAAAGGGAGUGUCAUACACCUAUGAGAUGUAUGACAGAGUCCAGAGAGAGGCUCAGAGAAAAAUAGAGGAGGCCAAGCGAGUCAUUCGAGAGGAGGAGAGGAGGAGGUGUGAAGAGAGGGAGAGAGAGAUAUGCACUGAAGAAAAAGAGAAAAGACAGCAGGAGAAGAAGAAGAUUAGAGAGAUGGAGAAGAAAAGGAGGGAGAUGAAGGUGAGAGACGUGAAAGAUGAAGAGGAGUGGAAGAGAGGGAACAUGGAAAGGAGGAUAAAGAGGGAGGAGAGAAAGAAGGGAGAGAGUCAAGUUUGGCUUUCUAUAAUAAAUUUUUUCUUCAAGUCAUAGUUGGAAAGGUGGUAUACCAGAUGCAUUUCAUUAAGUUAACACUAGAAGCGCCGCGCCGUUCUGACCCACUUAUACCUAGAAGCGCCGCGCCCCGGUCAUUUGACCGCUUUGACGACCUACUAGAAGCGCCGUGCUGUUGUGAACUACUUAAAGUGCGGCGAGGCGGUCAAAUGACCGCUGAGUCCUUAGACUGGGAGGCUUUUACUUACACAUAAUGAUCGCUAGAUGGCGCUUCGUGCACGAAUGAAAUCGUUUGGUCAUAAAUUCAGUUUGCACUAAACCAUGUGUCAUUCGUGUCAGACCGUGUUGUUGAUAAUCUGUGAUUGUUUGUUUCAUUAUGACAUACAGCACGUUUGAGUUAUCUGUUCAUGUAUUUGUGUUGAUUUGUGUUGUUUGAGGUAAAAACUUUGGAAGAGUUCUUGAACAAACCUUAAGCAACUUGACUUUCAACUAAAAUGCUCUAAAAGUGAAUGUCGCUAGUUCUAAUUCACUCCCCAAAUUCACCUCUAUUCAUUUAAUAGGUAGCCUAUAUGUUCGCGCCGCCGAAAAUGAUCGGACCUGGUCACCUGGAACAAAGAGCCUAACAGUCUGGUUUCAAUUACACAGUAGCCAGGAUUUCAUGCCGCAUUUUACAGGCUACCGUGGCUACUUUCUAAAACAACUUUCAUUCAUUUAGGGAGAAGCAUCUUAUAGGGUCUAGGCUAGCUACCUCGGAGGGAGGGAGAUAGAGAGAGCUAUGCUGAGCAGGCAUAGGCGUGAGAAGUAGCAUAAUUUAAAAUAAUGAGUGAAUGAAAUUCUCCGUUUUGCGAAUGUGUAGGCUAUGUUUGCGAUGUCUGCUGAAAAAAAGCUAUAGGCCUAUUCUUUCUAAGCUAACUUCUAUGUGAAUUCGAGAUUCAGCAUUGACACACACAUUUUCACGUGCCUGAUAAGCAAGGCUGUAGCUCACUGGUUAGAGCUCGGCCUGAGGACUCAAGGAGUGUUGGUUCGAUUCCCAACCUAUUCAUGACUGAAGUCCUUUUGAACAAGGCAUCAAUAAAGUAGGCUAUAUUCUAUUCUUUUCUAUUCACAUAACUAGACGCACGCUGGCGAAUUCGAACAUUCUGAAAUGCGCAUAUGCGAUGAAACAUUGCGCAUUCUUCCACGAGUUGCCUAAACAGUCAGCCUACAGACUAGUAGGCCUAUGCAGGGACAGAUAGAUGGGGUGGGGGUGGGGAAGCAGUUAAUUGUCCUCAUGCCUCGGUGAUGUCUGUAGCCUAGCCUAGACGAGUGUAUGGGGGAGGGGGGAUGAUCGGUUUCAAAUAGGCUGCAAUGGAUAGUGUUAUGUAUAGACCCCAAAGCCAUUUGCUUUGAGAACGGCUGGCUGAUGAAGUUGUUGGCUGGCUAGCUGGCUCAGCCAAAACCUUAAUGCAGCCGCCACAGUUUUCAUGACUGAUAAUGGCUUUAGUUGCCACUUCAUGUCUACAGAUGUGUAUAUUGUAUUAAAUAUCAACACACAAUGUUAUUGUAUUGUUUUGGACAACGUUCUGCACGUUUCACUUCAAUGUAGACUGCAUGCGUUCAUUGCGUUGUGAACGCGCAGCAAUCUCUGGAGAGGAAACGGUGGAAGUCGCAGCAGUAGCCUAAUAGCCUAUCACGUUCAAUGCUGUAAAUCCAUCUGUUCCAGAAUAUUUGGUUCAUAUCAUCAAUCUUUGGUUUUGGUGUUUGUGCAACCGCGGCCUUACGAUUUAACAAAAGUCUGAGUAACGUAGGAAUUAGGAAAGUAUGUAGGCCUAAGGUGAGAUCAAAAUCAGGCUAGGCUACUUUGUUUCCUUCUUUUCCCCAUGUCAUUUUCAUUGGUCGUCAACUCACUUUGAGUCCUGUGUAUCGUAGCAACAAGCACAAUACUGAUGUGGUGUGUCCAGUGGGAAAAUCUCAUGCAGGCCUAGUUUCUAAGCUAUCGUUUAUUUUUUCGCGUGUCACUAUGAUAUAAUUAUUUUAGAUGCAAAAAGUCUAACUGGCUUAGUUAAAGUUUGUCAGAUAGCGGCAGAAAAUGAUUGGCUGGCGAAAUUAUUUUUCGUUAAUGGUAGGCCUAAACAUAUUGUGAUUCAUCCGUUUAUUUCAGAUAGGUUGUUAUUAAAAACCAUUAACAAAAAAUAAUUGUUCAUCGACAUUGAAAAACGGUCAGUAAAUUAAAUCGAUAUAAGGUUCUGUAUUUCGCUCCUGCCAAGAUGUGAACACGGGUCUCCGGUGUUGCAGACAGGAGUGUUAACGCUGCGCCACUUGACAUUGUACGAAGAUUGCGUUAGGAUAGGUAUUUGACUUGACGUAACUCAGUCAGUCCAGCAAAUAUGUAAGAAAAUGCUUAUACAUUAGUCUGAGCUUUAAAAGAUAGCCUACAAAUAGAAGAUAAGAUAUACAACUAUGAAUGUACGUAAGCAUACGCGCCCUACGUACAUAAAUAGGCUACGACGAAAAUAUGUUUAUUAAUAUAUUAUUAGUUAUUAAAAUAAAGCACAUAUAUAAUACAUAUUGCACAUAUAUAAACGAUAUGUUUUAUGGUAAAAUAUUAUUCUCAUGCCCGACUGACAGGAAAUCCUUGCGACAUCUGCUGUGAGAAAAGAGAAUAGCAGCCUGGACAAAAAUGGCCGAACGCGAGACAACAUAGUGUUGUCACAUAAGUGAGCGCAAAAUAGCUCUAAACUAGCUUGUACCGGUGUGCUUUUGAUCAUGUAAAAAUUCUGGGUGACAAAACACGCGUAUUUAGGAAAAGUCGUGAACGUAGGGUCCUGGAAUUUAAUCGAGUGAAAAGAUUUUUUUUUUUUGUAAUCGCUGCGGUCAAAUGACCGCAGCCCGGCAGUUCUAGGUAUAUCUAGGUCAAACCCCCACGGCGCUUCUAGGAAUACGCGUCAGCGGUCAAAUGACCGGCGCUUGGCGCUUCUAGUGUUAAGUAUGGAAGAGCGAUACAUCCGUUAAUGAAGACAUGUAGAUAGAAAUAUAGAUAUCACAAUUGACAUAUAAGAUUAAUUUCAUGAAGUACGAAGUGAAUAAUUCCACUUCUAAUAUGAUGAAGUCUUGUAAGAUUUUUUUAUAAAGUGCAUCUUUACUGUUAUUUUGUUUUUAAACUGCAAUAAAAUGCCAUAAUGUG